AUGAGCUUAGCGACUCCAUUUGUAGGAGUACUGAAGGACAGCAAGUUCUUGGAAUAAGGAGUGCUAACUCCUUAAGAGUAUAUCAUUGCUGGAGACCAAUUGACACAUAAAUGCCCCACCUGGAGUUGGAUGCCAGGAGAUCCCAAGCUCAGAAACAAGAAUUUACCUGAGGACAAGCAGUUUUUAGUUAGUUAUAUUGAUUAUUUGAACCAAUAUUAGGUGACCAAGCAUGUUCCAUGCUCAAAGAGAAUCAAGGAUCUCUAAGGUGAGGAAUCAAAAGAGAAAGAUCUAGACGAUGGAUGGGUAGAGACUGAAGGUCCAAUCGUGAAAUAAAAUACUGAUGGAAAGGCAUCAGCAGAUAUUGAUGAUAUUGGAGACAUUGAUAUGGAAGAUAUUGGAGGAAAUGCUCAACAAUCUGAAGCAGUUGAUAUUGAUGAUAUUGACAAUAUGGACAACAAAGAAGUCAAUUUACUUGCUGCUAAAGAUUACAUAGUUAUGAAUGAACCCGAAGAUACAUGCCAUAAAGUUAGGACCUACGAUCUAUCCAUUACUUACGACUUUUACUAUCAAACUCCAAGACUUUGGCUAUUAGGUUAUGAUGAAGAUGGAAAUGUUUUGAAGGAGAGUGAAGUAUUCGAAGACAUUAUGGCUGAUUAUGCUAAAAAGACAGUUACUAUGGAGCCACAUCCACAUCUCGGAAUGAAGCAAGCAAGUAUUCAUCCUUGCAAUCAUGCAAAGGUAAUGAAGAAGAUUAUUGACACCAUUCAAAGCAAUGGAGGCACUCCUUAAGUUCAUUAAUCACUUUUCGUAUUCUUGAAGUUUAUUUCGAGUGUUGUACCAACUAUAGAAUAUGAUUUCACAAUAGACUUAGAGUUAGAUUGA